ACUUACACAAACUACCAGUUAACUAACCUAAACACCCACUAACUAACCCAAACUACCGCUAACUAACCCAAACACCCACUGACUAACCCAAACUACCACUAACUCGUUACCCGUUAACUACCACUAACUACCUGCUGGAGAGCACCGUGAGGACCCUGUCCUACCUGCUGGCAGGUUAACACCCGCUAACUAGCCCAAACUACCUGUAACUAACCCGUUACUACCCGUGACUACCUGCUGGAGAGCUCUGUCGCCACCUUGUGGUUUGUUUCCUGGCAGGUAACUAACUAACUAACCACAGUGAGUCUGAGCUUUAAAUGAAAAUUUAUAAACGUUCUGAGCACUGAGAAGAGAGAGAGAGACAGAGACAGAGAGAGAGAGAGAAAACAUGGCCACCCCGCCUCUCUGAUGUUGACUAACUAACCCCCGGGUUUAAGUGACCUCUGACCCGCCGUGUCCAGCUUCCACUCCCCCACCAUGAACGCCCGUCGUUUCUGUGUGAGCAGAAACAGUCUGGGCCCCGGACUGAACCCUGAGGAACGCCUGGAGUGGCCGCCCCGGCACCGGCACUGGAGUCAAAACGAAGCAGGAUGUUUUAACAAUGAUCGCAGAUCGUCUUACUGCCGGGGUCUGUUACUACAGGUUACUGUGGGGGCUCUGUUACUGCAGGGCUCUGUUACUGCAGGUUACUGCGGGGCUCUGUUACUGCGGGGCUCUGUUACUGCAGGGCUCUGUUACUGCAGGGCUCUGUUACUGCAGGUUAUUGCAGGAGUCUGUUACUGCAGGUUACUGCAGGGAUCUGUUACUGCGGGGCUCUGUUACUGCAGGUUACUGCAGGGGUCUGUUACUGCAGGUUACUGCGGGGGUCUGUUACUGUAGGUUACUGCAGGGAUCUGUUACUGCGGGGGUCUGUUACUGUAGGUUACUGCAGGGAUCUGUUACUGCGGGAGUCUGUUACUGCAGGUUACUGCAGGGGUUUGUUACUGCAGGUUACUGCGGGGGUCUGUUACUGCAGGUUCCUGCAGGGGUCUGUUACUGCGGGGGUCUGUUACUGCAGGUUACUGCAGGGGUCUGUUACUGCAGGUUACUGCGGGGGUCUGUUACUGCAGGUUCCUGCAGGGGUCUGUUACUGUGGGGGCCUGUUACUGCAGAUUAUUGCAGGAGUCUGUUACUGCAGGGGGUCUGCCACAAUUGGUUACUGCGGGGAUCUGUUACUGCAUUUUACUGCGGGGGUCUGUUACUGCAAGUUACUGCAGCUUACUGCAGGUUACUACAGGGGUCUGUUACUGCAGGUUACUGCAGCUUACUGCAGGUUACUACAGGGGUCUGUUACUGCAGGUUACUGCAGCUUACUGCAGGUUACUGCAGGGGUCUGUUACUGCAGGUUACUGCAGGUUACUGUAGGUUACUGCAGCUUACUGCAGGUUACUACAGGGGUCUGUUACUGCAGGUUACUGCAGGUUACUGUAGGUUACUACAGGGGUCUGUUACUGCAGGUUACUGCAGGUUACUGUAGGUUACUGUAGGUUACUGCAGCUUACUGCAGGUUAC